AGACUCUGUGAUUGGUGGGUUCUCUCUGACGUCACGGCCAUCAUGGCCGCCUCCUCGUGCCGAGCACGUGUGUGAGCGGUGCAGUGGAGUCAGACGCAGAAGAUGCAGAAGAUGAAGCUGAAGAAGUCUGGGCUGAUCUCCUCCAAGAGAGGCGUUGUGGUGAAGGGCCAGUGGAAGCCGGUGAAUGUGGACCCCAGCGUGUUCUGUGAUGAGGGUCUGGAUGGACUGGUGUGCUUCGAGGAGCUGACCGAUUACUCCCUGGUGGAGCCGGAGAAGGCCAUGACUGCCCAGACCACCGGCAGAGGCAGAAACAAGAGAGAAGCGGAAGAAAAACCUGCUCGGAAGAAGAACAAGAGGCAGAAGAAAAGCAGACCGGAGGAGCCUCAGGACGUUCCUGAUGAGAUGCUGGAAGCAGAGGAUGAGAUCCCACCGGACCAGUGUCCUGAUGUGACUCCAGAGACGCAGCACAAGACGUCCAAGAAGAAGAAGAAGAAGAAGAAGACGACGACUGAUGAGGCAGGAGCGGAGUCUCAGAAGAAGAGCAAGAACUGGAGCAGGCCGGCUCUCGUGGGGUCAGAGGGUCCGAGUGCAGACGUGUCGGCGUGGAAGGACCUGUUCGUACCUGAGCCUGUUUUAAAAGCUCUGAGUGCACUUGGGUUUUCAGCGCCGACUCCGAUCCAGGCCCUGGCGCUGCCGCCGGCCGUCAGAGACCGACUGGACAUCGUGGGAGCGGCCGAGACCGGCAGCGGGAAGACGCUGUGUUUCGGUAUUCCGAUGAUCCACGCUGUUCUGGAGUGGAGGAAAGCGUCAGAAGGUGAACGGAAGACUGAAGACACAGAGGUGUGUGUGGAGAGCCUGUACCUGCCCGCGGUCAGCGAGAUGACAGACGGCAGUCCAGCGGAGGAGACGAGUGGAGACACUGAGCCGCCGCAGGAGGAGGAGGAGGAGGAGACUGAUGAUGUUACAGCUCGUCAAACACAGACGCACACACACAAGCCGCCGCUGCUCGGCCUGGUCCUCACUCCCACCAGAGAGCUGGCUGUGCAGGUCAAACACCACAUCGACGCUGUGGCCCGCUUCACCGGUGUUAAGACGGCGAUCGUGGUUGGCGGGAUGGCUCCGCAGAAACAGCAGCGUGUGCUGAUGCACCGGCCGGAGAUCGUCAUCGGCACACCGGGACGCCUGUGGGAGAUGAUCCGAGAGAAACACCCGCACCUGCAGAACCUGCGCCAGCUGCGGUGUCUGGUGAUCGACGAGGCCGACCGCAUGGUGGAGAAGGGCCACUUCGCGGAGCUGGAGAACCUGCUGGAGAUGCUCAACACGUCCCAGUUCAACCCCAGCAGACAGACGUUCGUGUUCUCGGCCACGCUGACGCUGGAGCACAGCCUGCCGGCGCGCCUGCAGCAGAAGAAGCGCAAGCGCACCGAGCGCAGCAAACUGCAGCUCCUGAUGGAGAAGGUGGGCAUCAAAGACAAGCCCAAAGUCAUCGACCUGACGCGCAAGCAGGCCACGGUGGAGACGCUGACGGAGACCCGCAUCAACUGCACCAAGGAGGAGAAGGACCUGUUCCUGUACUACUUCCUGCUGCAGUAUCCCGGCCGCAGCAUGGUGUUCGCCAACAGCAUCGACUGCAUCAAGCGUCUGAGCGCGCUGCUGCUGAUCCUGGACUGCGCUCCUCUGCCGCUGCACGCUAACAUGCACCAGAAGCAGCGUCUGAAGAACCUGGAGCGCUUCGCCGAGAAGGACAGCUGUGUUCUCCUCACCACUGACGUCGCUGCUCGAGGCCUGGACAUCCCUAACGUUCAGCAUGUCAUACACUAUCAGGUUCCUCGCACGUCUGAGACAUACGUCCACCGCAGCGGCCGAACCGCCCGCGCCGCCAGAGAGGGCCUGAGUCUGCUGCUGAUCGGGCCUGACGACCUGAUGAACUACAAGAAGAUCUGCAGAACCCUGCAGAAGAGCGAGGAGCUGCCGGUGUUUCCCGUGCAGAGCCACUGCAUGAGCGCCGUCAAGGAGCGCGUGACUCUGGCCCGGAAGAUCGAGAAGAUGGAGUACUUCCACAGCCGAGAGAAGCAGCACAACUCGUGGGUGCGGCAGGCGUCCGAGGCGCUGGAGAUCGACGUGGACGAUGACCUGCUGCUGGGAGGCGGUGAGGACGAGGACGAGGAGCGAGAGCAGCAGAGGUUAAUCAGGAGCCUGAAGAAGCAGCUCAAGCAGCUGAUCGCGCAGCCAGUGUUCACACACCAGAUGAAGACCAAGUACCCCACACAGAUGGGCAAGCUGCAGCUGCCCCUGAGCACAGCUGACACGGCGCUGAGCAGCCUGAGCCGCGACACAGUCCCGCGCUAGCACAGGGUCCGCUCCUGACAGACCUGUGCUGCUGCUGUGUCUCAGGAGCAGGGUUAGGAAGCACACGUCUGUGCAUGCAAUAAUGAACUAUAGAACUUUUCUGUCGCAUAGUGAAAAAACUUUAAUUGGAAUCCAAAAUGUAUGUGCAUUUAUUUUCCCAUAUUGUUCUACAUUUUAAUGACUUGUUUAGUGUUAAAUCUGCCAGUUUUUCUACGUGUGCGUUUCACCCAAAGCUUUUACUCUCAUGUCAUUUGAUUUUCUUCUGCUGAUGGUUUAAAAUUGUAAAAAUGAGCUUCAGAUUGAACUGAAACAUCACACUGUUUAUGAAAUAAUUUUUGAAACGAUUUCACAGAAUUACUGAUAAACCAGUUAUUUUCAAGUUGAAUAAAAACAUUUGAGCAGAA